AUUUAAGGAAUAUACAAACAAAUUUAACAAUUUAAGUAUCGAAUCCGUGCGAAACUGCAACUUCAAAGGCGCAUGCGCUGAGUUUUGCCUCAAAUUCUUUUCGCCCAAUGUCAUCCCGUUUGUGAGAGGUCGCUGAAGUCCAGCUAAGUUUAUAGUUAUUCUUCAUUUGAUCCUUUUUUGUGUUGAAAAAAAGAAAUGCAAAAGACAUAGCAAUCAAAAUAAUGGUAACCAGCAAGGAUUUUCCAUCAAUAAUUAACCGCAGCAGAAGAUAACCAGAGGGAAAGGCCCCUUCCCACCCCGUUCGAAAAUACGUUUUUUAAUCCGAACGUGAAAAAAUAAUUGCGUUAAGCUCCCUGCUCAACAAUAUUAAGUUUCAAAAUGCCCAUAGGAAGUAUUAUUAAAAAGGCAUCUAGCUUUAUACUAGGUGACGACAGAUUGGACAGAAAAAUCGAUAUCUCUUACGAAGACAACGAAAUCCUCUUCUGCAAGAAUAACGUUUGCAUUCAUCCGCCCACCAUCGCGCGGAAUGAGUCCGACAUACUGCACAAUCCGGGUUACCUGACGUGCACGACCAAAACUUUCGUUGAUCAGUACAACAGCGCCAAACGGCCCACCUUGCUCCUCACCUGGAUACCGAACUCUUCACUAUGCAAGUACACCAAUCUGAACACCGAGGACUGCAGAGGACAGUGCAAUUCACGGAGCAAAUCACCGGAUUCAAGGAACGGCUACUGCCACGUUGCCAUUCCGCAGACCAUUCAGGAGCGAGAAAUCCGGGAAGAUGACAAUGCCGCUGAGAUGCAGGAACUGAAGAAUGAACUUCAGCCUUUGCUGGGCGGACAAGCCGCCUCAAUUGAUGACCUGACCGCAUUGCUGAAGAAUAAUCCAAUUACAUCGGUUAAUAUAACCAUUUCCAAUCCACAAAUCGAAAACAGUAAUAUAUCUCAGUCGUUCAACUGCAUAACUAUUCGCACCGAAGGCAACAACUGUGUCGAUUGUGCGAGUGGACAACUGAGCGGAUGUGGGUCGGAUGGAGCUGUUUCCGAUAACCCGAAGUGGACCACACCGGAACUCCUGGCUUUCAAGCACAAUCUGGAGUUCCCCGACAGCGGCAAUUCAACUCCGGCCGAUCGCCAAAAACCCGCGAUGAAAUGCCGUCACUUCUCUGUUGAUCUCAGCCAAAUGCGAUCUCUACGUCUCUUUUUCAACGACGACAACUGUACCUCCGGGCAGCUGGUUAUUGCAUCACGGGAAUCCCAAUACAAGAUACUCCAUUUCCACUACGGAGGACUGGACCACUUGGCCCAGGUGCUGCACCAGUGGCACUGCUUCCUGCACAACAUCACCUCGGAAACGGGUCAAGACAAGUUCGACUUGCCCUAUAGGCACUUUAUGGUUUGCAGGCCGGAAGUUAAGAAGUCGGAAAUGCAUCCUGAUGAGGGGGAUGUCAAGAAGAUAACCACUAACUUCUUUUAUGGAACUUUGUUGAAUGAGAAGGGACAGAUCGAGGACGAUUUGCUGCUCCGGAAGUGCGUGUUCUUUGGCGGCCUUGAGAAGAGCCUCCGAAAGACAGUAUGGCCCUUUCUUCUGAAGUGUUAUUCCUUCUCGUCGACAUUUGAGGAUCGCGCCGUUCUAAUGGACAUCAAGCGGCAGGAAUAUGAGGAAAUAACCCGGAAGCGACUCUACUCUAUGUCACCAGAGCAGCAAAUACAUUUUUGGAAAACCGUACAAUGUGUGGUCGAAAAAGACGUAGUUCGAACCGAUCGCACGAAUCCCUUCUUUUGCGGAGACGACAACCCCAACACCGAGGUCAUGAAAAAUAUUUUGCUCAACUUCGCUAUCUACAACACUGGACUAUCCUACUCUCAGGGUAUGAGUGACCUUCUGGCCCCUGUACUCUGCGAAGUGCAAAACGAAUCGGAGACCUUUUGGUGCUUCGUGGGUCUGAUGCAACGCGCCUUCUUCGUCUGCACUCCCACCGACCGAGAUGUGGACCACAACCUGAGCUAUCUGCGGGAACUGAUCCGUGUGAUGCUGCCGCGAUUCUAUGAGCACCUAGCGCAGCAUAACGACUCCAUGGAGCUGCUCUUCUGCCACCGUUGGUUGCUGUUGUGCUUUAAGCGAGAGUUCACCGAAGCCGUAGUCAUUCGCAUGUGGGAGGCCUGUUGGUCGAACUACUUGACCGACUACUUCCACCUGUUCCUUUGCCUAGCCAUAAUCGCGGUCUAUGCGGACGAUGUGAUAGCCCAAAAUUUACGACCGGACGAGAUGCUGCUCCAUUUCAGUUCACUGGCCAUGUAUAUGGACGGUCAGUUGAUUUUACGCAAGGCACGUGGCCUGCUGCACCAAUAUCGACAGUUGCCAAAGAUCCCGUGCACAUUGAGCGGGCUGUGUAAGCGGUGCGGACCGGGAAUGUGGGACUCGGAGCAUCGACCGGCACUGGAGUGUGUGGGCCAUAGCGACGACGAAAAGUGCUCGCUGUCUAUUGACUAGUUAUCUAAAUGUACACUCUUUAAACUCAGCAAUAACUAUUGUUGGCGACUGAUAAUUCGUCAUUUACUAUUAGCACACUUGUAUUGCUUUGUAUCUAUGGAAUGUUUUGUUUGCAUGCUUGGUUCUUCUUCAAAUGCCUUAGGUUGUGUACUG